CUCUGCUUAAUAUGUGAUCGAUCCUUCCUAUAUAUAAGCACAGCCCAUCUUCCUUUUCCUGUAACUAGCUAGUUUGGAGAGAAGACCACACCAUCAUCAGUUAGAGAAAGUGAGGAAGGGAGCAAUGAAUACUGUUCUUUUAUACUGUUUUGUAUUUGCUCUACUCUCUUUCAUAUUACUUGGAAAACAAACGAGAAACAAACCCCGAGCAAAGCUUCCUCCAGGUUCAAUGGGAUGGCCAUAUCUUGGAGAAACCCUGCAACUCUACUCUCAAAAUCCAAAUGUCUUCUUUGGCACUAGGCAGCAAAGGUAUGGAGAAAUUUUCAAGACCCAUAUUCUUGGGAGCCCUGGUGUGAUGCUGUGUAGCCCAGAGGCUAUCCGGUUUGUGUUGGUGACUCAGGCACAUUUGUUUAAGCCAACAUACCCUAAAAGUAAGGAAAAAUUGAUUGGCCCCUCGGCACUUUUCUUCCACCAAGAUGACUACCAUACUCAAAUGAGAAGAUUAGUCCAAGAAUCACUGUCCUUGGAUGCUAUCAAGAACUUAGUCCCGGAUAUUGAAGCCAUUGCCAUUUCUACCUUGGACUCAUGGUCUGGUGGGCAAAUUGUCAACACCUUUUAUGAAUUGAAGAAGUUCACUUUUGAUGUUGCUGCAUUGUUUAUCUUCGGUCGCUUGAACACUCACUACAAAGAACAGCUAAAGAAAAACUACUUCACUCUAGACAAAGGUUACAAUUGUUUCCCUAUAAACCUACCAGGCUCUUCAUACAAUAAGUCGGUCUUGGCAAGGAGAAGGCUAAGCUUAAUUCUCGGUGAGAUAAUAAAGGAGAGAAAGGAAAAUAAAUUGGUCGAGAAAGAUCUAUUGGGAAGCUUAUUGAAGUUCAAGGAUGAACAGGGUCAAACCUUAACACACAACCAGAUCCUUGAUAACAUUAUUGGGGUAUUGUUUGCUGCUCAGGACACCACAGCUACUCUCCUGACUUGGAUUCUCAAAUACAUGCACGAUUACUCUGAACUUCUAGAAGCUAUUCAGGUAGAACAGAAGGCAAUUUUUGCAGCAAAUGAGGGUGGAAACCAGUCGCUCAGUUGGGCUCAAACUAGAAAUAUGCCCCUUACCAGUAGGGCUAUAAAGGAGAGUUUGAGGAUGGCAAGCAUAAUUUCUUUCACCUUCAGAGAAGCCGUUGAAGACGUUGAAUAUAAAGGAUACUUGAUCCGAAAGGGAUGGAAGGUACUGCCUUUGUUCCGGAACAUUCAUCACAAUCCUGAUUUUUUCAAUGAACCCCAUAAUUUCAAUCCAUCAAGAUUUGAGCUUGGAAUAAGACCCAAUACGUUCGUGCCAUUUGGCAAUGGAGUUCAUACUUGUCCUGGAAAUGAAGUUGCCAAGACUGAGAUACUUAUUUUCAUCUACCACCUCGUUAACAAGUUCAGGUGGGAAGCAGCAGCGUCCGAUGGUGGGAUUCAUUAUGACCCAUUUCCGGUACCUCAGCAAGGACUUCCGGCCAAAUUUUGGAAAGAGUAUUCCGGCAGCCAAGGAGCGCUGUAUGAUAAAAGAGCAAACUAGUGAAUGUACAAAUUAACCUAGCUAGUAGAUCCUAAAUGGAAUUUAAUUAUCAAGAUUUGAGGAAUAUGGAUUACUUAAUUGGUUGUCUGUUAAAACCUACUAUAGUUGCCAUUUUAAUACAUGCAUUAACACAAUUAAGUUAUUACGUGGAUCG